AUGGAGAACGACUCGCACGCCGCGUUCCCAAACGGGAUACGGGCCUUAAUCGUCGACAACAAUGCAAGGUUUCUAAGAACGGCUAGCCUGAUGCUUUCUCUCCUAAACUUCCAAGUGGCCACAUGCGAGACCCCAGCGUCGGCUGUUAAGCUCCUCACCGGAAGACUCAAAGACGCCGACGUUGUCUUCAUCGACGCUUUGAGAGCCGCAAGCUGCGGCUUCGACUUCCGUGCAAUGGUGGAGCCCAAUAUGUGCAUCCCAGUCAUCUACUUCUACUCUUUCGAUUACAAGGUCGCCGGCGACUUGGCUGAGGCUCUGCGACGCACUGUUUGGGCUGCUACGUACGUAAUCAAGAAGCCCCUCGACGCCGGCGAGGUAUGCAGGCUGUGGAGGAUCAUCCAGUGGUCCAAGGUUUUGCUGCAGCGUGGGGAAAACACGUUGCCGUGGCUGGAAUGGCCUCGCGGCAUCCAGGCGCUUCCCGCCACCGUCGAAGCACGUUUGCCCAGCUCCUCUACCUUUGAGGACCAAGCCAGGGAGGAGGAGGAGGACGACGACGGCUGUGACCUUUUCAAGGUAGUGAGGGCGGGAAGAGGCAGGAGGAGGAAGCUGGGUGAUAGGCACGACGGCAGCUCCUCUAGCCGCGGGCAUGUCGGUGGUGGCGGCAGCGGCGUUGCAGGUUCAUCUGAAAGUAAACCAUCAUUUUGAUUCUUAUAUUAUUGAGUUACCACAUAAUUUCUCUGCUUGUCCUUUAU